GCCUUACAGUUGCGAUCUAGCGUCGGUGCAACUCCACAAUAUUCUACAAUGAUUGCGUUCCAUACCUGCCUCGCUUUGGCUCUGGUCACCAGCGCUUUCGCUGGUUUCCUGCACGGCGACCUCAGUCACGGUGCCGCCUUUGGUGACGUUGGAAUUGUCGGACACGGCGCCGUCCUGAACGGCGUGGGCCAUGCCAGCUACGCUGUCGCCGCCCCAGCUGUCGCCACCUACGCCGCUGCUCCAGCUGUCACCAGGGUAACCAGCUACCAGACUGUUCCAACUGUCGCCACUGUACAGGCCGCCCCAGUUGUCGCUACUUACGCCGCUGCUCCAGCCGUCACCAAGGUGACCAGCUACCAGGCUGCUCCAGCUGUCGCCACUGUGCAGGCCGCCCCGGUUGUUGCCGCCUACCAGGCUGCUCCAGCGGUCACUAGGGUGACUACCUACCAGGCCGCCCCAGCUGUCGCCACGGUGCAGGCCGCUCCAGUUGUCGCUAGUUACGCCGCUGCUCCAGCCGUCACCAAGGUGACCAGCUACCAGGCUGCUCCAGCUGCCGCCACUGUGCAGGCUGCCCCAGUUGUUGCCACCUACCAGGCUGCUCCAGCAGUCACCAGGGUUGCCACAACCUACCAAGCUGCUCCAGCUGUGACUAGAGUUUACCAGUCUGCUCCUGUCGUAGCCGCCGCCCCGGCUGUCGCCACUGUGCACGCCGCACCAGCUGUGACCAGGGUCUCCACUACCUACCAGGCUGCUCCAGCCGUCGCCACUUACGCUGCUGCCCCAGCCGUCGCCACCUUCCACGCUAGUCCAGUUGUGUCCACAGUCCAUGCUGCUCCAGCUCUCGCCACCGUCGCUCACGCUUCUCCAGUUUACGGCUUCGGCAUUGGCUCCCUCGGCUACGGUGCUGGCCACUACGGCUUCGGACACGGUCUUGGCAGCUACGGUCUCAACUACGGUUACGGUCUUGGCGACUUCAACGACUACUCCCUCCUCCUCCGCAGAAGGAAGUAAUCUCGGACAUUGAAACCUAAAGGAAUCAACAAUAAAUAAAAUAUACCCAUUUCGUA